AAGCUAACCAACAACCUAUUGAAGAGGAUAUUCAAAAACCUGUUCAAGUGGCUAUUCAAGAACCUAUUCAAAAGAAUAGAGACUAUAUUAGCCAGGAGGAGGCAGACAAAUGGGUUAGCCCAAAUGCCCAAAAACCUGAAAACUUGGAUGACUGUAUGACUCUUUGUCAUGAUCUUGAACAAUAUGAUCCAGAAGUAGUUAGACCACCAACAAAAGAGAAAUUAAAAGAAGAAUAUAAAAAAAGAAAAUUAGAAGAGAUUAAGAAGAGGCAAGAAAGACCAAAAAAAGACCUAGAAUUUAGAGAGCAAGAAGAGCUAUAG